UCCCACCUGCUUGAGCGUCCCCAGUACUUCCUCCGCACCCUCCGACGCCGAGUCAGCAUGCAUGCAACACAUUGAGCGAUACGCUUCCGCGGCAUCAGCAGCGGAAGCGUAAUCCAUCGUAAACUGAAGGCGAGACUGUCUUCGAUGAGUCCGAGUCCGAAAGAGUUGAGGAAGGGAAGCAGGCAGGGAUGGACGCGGUGAAUGUCUAUGUUGGAAGAGCUUGGAAUCAUGAACUGAUUCCUCGACAUUAGCGAACGAAUGGGAGACAGUAAGGAUGAUAGGCUUGGCGGCGUGGUCGGGACGUCCUUGCAGAGUUUUGCCAGCAGGCAACGCGAACAGAUGGAGCGUGAUGAACGAACAGAUGGAGUGUGACUAGAAUCCCGUUCAUCCCGAAGACAAAUUAAGAGAGGCGGAGGCUGUUGUUCGCUGCUUUUCUUGACAGGGGUUUCCUUCGGGCUGAGGGAGGUAUUUAUCUCAUUUAUAGUGAAUAAUGGUAGAGGACAGGGCGGGUACUAGCCGUUGUGAUCGAUCGUUUGGCGAUCCUGCGGCGAGGUGAUCUUUGCUCGAGAGGGUGUCGGGUUUUCCUGGUUGAGCUGUAUAAUCUUUCGGAGAAAAUGCAGUGUCCAACUUCUGCGAGCUGCCGGGGAAGCCAGCAUUUCCCUUGCUCACGUAAGAAAAUUGCUGAGGGCUUCUUACCAUCUUUCUUGUCGGCUUGGCGAUUAUCGUCUGUGUCGUUGAGGCUUUCUUCCUCCGCCACAAUUUCUCCGCAUUAUGCCCCACAGACUGCUGUCCAAUCGGACUCCAAAAGCGACGGACCGAAGUCCACGAGACCAAGUCCUGUCAGUGUACUUAGUCCCCAGCAGGCGACCGAGGGCAUACAGCUUACUUCAUCGAAGAAUGCUCCAUCGAACUUGGAGUUACGUUUGUUCACCGGGCGGUAUUCUGACGCUGACCUUCCAGGAGCGGACAUUCUAGAUGCCGGGUUGACGAGAGAGUGGAAGCAAUGGACCGGAGUCAGGGAAGACAUAACUGCUGUACUUCUACAGUUUUUAGAAUCGAAGGGACUGGACUCGGCCCACGCCGAACUAGCAGCACAGGAGGCACCGGCCUUCAUUACCCACUUGCUCUCCCUUCUGAGAUCCUGCUUCCCUGCUCGCUUUCUCUGUGGUGAGAAACUUACCGGGAGCGAAAUACGGAGUGUUCUCCUGCCGUAUCUGGACAAUCUGAGCGAGACUCACGGAGAAGAGUUGGAUAUCCUCGCCAAGUUUCCCAUCUUGCCCGGGAAGCUGCUGCCUGGAUUUCCAGAUUUGUCAAGCUUCGUACCACAACCAGGAAACACGAGGGAAAUUUUGUCAGGUUACCCGUUGCUACUAGAGCAUCUGGUCGAUGGGAAACUGCCUUCUUCGCUAUCCUAUUUUUUGAGCAUCGGGCUCACACCAGCCAAAAUUGACUGCAUAGUCAAAAAGUUCCCCCCUAUCGUGGCGUACAGUUUUGAGGGGAAGAUACAGAAGGUGGUGGAUUAUUUGCUGUCGUUGGGUGUGCCAUCUUCCCUUAUUCCCAAAGUGCUGGUGAAGCGACCACAUCUGUUUGGAUGCAAUGUGGAGGAGAACUUGAGACCCACUGUGACGUUUUUGGAGACCCUCGGUGUAGAAAGCAAGAGAUGGCCGAGAAUUCUUGUCGCUUUCCCCCACAUGCUGACAUACAGCCAGUCUAAGACUGCCAUGAUAUUCAACUACUUAAUACAAGUUGGUUUCACAGCAGCUGGUGCAGGCAAGGUACUAAGCCGAUUCCCGCAUGUAGUCGGGUACAGCGUCGAAGGCAAGCUGAAGCCACUGGCAGAGUACUUCCACAGCAUCGGUAUCGAGGAUUUUAGCCGUGUCGUCAUGCGCUCUCCUCAAACACUGGGCUUGAGCUUGGAAUGCAACAUCAAGCCUACCAUUGAUUUCUUUUUGAGUCUAGGUUUCGAAAUGGAGGAGCUCGCUUUUGUACUGAAUCGUUUUCCACAGGUUCUAGGACUGAACGUGGAAAAUAACCUGCAGCCGAAAUGGGAUUUCUUCUUGAAAAUGAAACGCAGUCGAUCGGAAUUGGUGGAUUUUCCUCAGUUUUUUGGUUACAGUUUAGAGAACAGGAUUGAGCCACGGUACAAAGUCAUCACAGAGAAGGGACUACCUUGGACUCUGAACAGGAUGUUGAGUUCUUCAGAGGUCGUCUUCAAGAGACUCAUGAGCGACUAAGUGCCAAGGAGUUUGACAUGAGACUUUAAGCUGGUUUGCCUAUGAUCUUAUCUACAAAGAGAUUGAUGAGUGACGUUGAACCGAUUGGAGAGAAAGUUACAUAUCAGCAGCGGCGAGAUUGAGAUGCUUAUUGUGCGAGUCUCGGGAUGCAGAGUCCAAAAGGUCAUGCGUCCUAUGCACUAACUGAAAUCACGUGGGCACGGACUUGUAAAUAUGUACAGAAAUUAUUGUGGUGCAAUAAAGAGUUUGCA